GCAUGAUUGGCUUGUUGCUGUUUUUUACCGUCGCUUUCAGAAUGGUCGUCCCAAAGAAGCUUCCUCUGUUCAUUCCCAACGGACCAAACUCUCUCUCGCCACUGCAACAAAAAGUCUCCGUUAGGGUUCAUCGCUCAUGGAAUUUCCAUUCCAAGCAGCUGAAUGCUAGAGUUGGGGUUUCGUUAAUUUGUAUUAGAAAUGCAUAAUUCCAAUCAGGACAUGCAAGAUCGGAGGAGUAAUUCAGGCAUGGAGGAUUCUCCUGGGAUUACCAUUGAAUUUCUUCGGGCACGUUUACUGUCCGAAAGGUCUGUCUCUAGAAGCGCAAGACAAAGAGCUAAUGAGCUGGAAAAAAUGGUAGAAGAACUGGAGGAACAGCUUAAAAUUGUUUCUCUUCAAAGAAAAAUGGCUGAGAAAGCCACAGCAGAUGUUCUUGCCAUUUUGGAGGACCAGGGGGCAAGUGACAUUUCUGAGGAAUUUGAUUCAAGCUCUGAUCAGGAAACCCACCAAGAAUCUGAAAUGGGUAAUAACUCGAGAAAGGAAGACGAGAGCUUUUUAAUUUCAAAGGCGAGAAGAAAUGAGCACGAGGAACAUUUAGGUUCUGACCUUGAUUCUUCUUCAAUACCUGGUAGAAGCUUGUCUUGGAAAGGCCGCAUUGAUUCUCCGCGUUCUCGUGAAAAGUAUAAGGAACCAUCCAUGAGAAGACGUAGCACUUUUUCAGCCAUUGGUUCAUCUUCUUCAAGACAUAACCUUGGAAAAUCUUGCCGCCAGAUAAAACACCGAGAAUCAAGGUCAGUAGUUGAGCGCUCCAAAGUUGAGCAGGUGAAGUUUGAUGAUUCUGAAGAAAAUGGAGUUGCUGCUUCUUCAGAAGGUCUUCCAAAUUGCUCAUACAGUGACCCUGAGAAAUUGGGAGAAGGUUCUGAAUCCCAGAAAGAGAAAGUUUUAUUGAAGGAUGCACGCACAGGGAGCAAAGAACAUCAAGGGAAUGGUGACCUUGAUUUUAAUGGGCAUGGAAGAAACAAAGACAUGGAAAAAGCACUUGAAUUUCAGGCACAACUUAUUGGCCAAAAUGAAGAGAUGGAAAAGGCUCAAAGAGAAUGGGAAGAGAAGUUCAGAGAAAAUAACACCAGUACACCGGAUUCGUGUGACCCUGGGAACCAUUCAGAUAUCACUGAGGAAAGAGAUGAGAUGAAGGCUUCAUUUCCUGCUGAGAUUGCUGCUUCCCAAGCUCAGGAGGCAAAGUCAGAGGCAAGAGAUGCUUGCCUAUUUGAGGAAAAGACCAAAACGCAGCCAAAUGGUUUUCUACCACCUUCAGAUGUAGAGAUGGGAGGAAUGCAGGAUCCGCUGAAUAGAAGCAGUGUUGCUUCUGCCUCACCAGUUCAAGAAUUUGCAUUCCCCACGGCAUAUGAAAAGCAAACUCAAGAGAGCCUAGAAAACAAUUCUCAUCAACCUUCACCUGGCUCCCAUCAUGACCCACUUUUGCUUGGAUCAUCCCACAACAGGUCAUCAGUUGCCUCUUCUUCCGAUGAAGACAGUAGUUUACGUAAUGCUUCAGGGAGCAGAAAUGACCUGUAUGCAUUGGUGCCUCACGACUCACAGGAUCGGUUGGGUGGUGUACUGGAUGCACUUAAAAAAGCAAAGCUAUCACUUCAGCAAAAAAUGACUAGAUUGCCUCUACUAGAUGGUACAUCUGUUCAGGAAUCUAUUGAACCGUCUAUUCCUGCUAUAACAACUGGAAGCAGAUUGGAUAUUCCUGUUGGGUGUGCUGGGCUUUUCAGAUUACCAACUGAUUUUGCAGUUGAAGAAGCUGCGACUAAAAAUAGCUACCUUGGUUUGGGAUCUUCCUUAUCAUCGGCAAGAUAUUUUCCUGAUAAGGGGAUGGCAGCAGCUCCCACCGAUCAAUUUGUCAGAAGCACUUAUAUUGAGACUAGACCACCCUUUUCUAAUCAUGUUGGUGAUCGAUUCAUCGCAAGCCCUUAUGUUGAGAAUAGACAAACCUUUUCUACUGGUGCUGGGGAUCGAGUUGUUGCCAGUCCUUAUGUGGAGACUAGAAGAGCUCUCUCUUCUAAUGUUGCAGGUCAAUUCAUCACCAAUCCCAGUAUUGAGACUAGACCGCCCUUUUCUAACAAUGUUGGUGAUAGAUUCGUCACAAGCCAUUAUGUUGAUACUAGACCAACCUUUUCUACCAAUGCUGGUGAUCGAUAUGUCGCAAGUCCUUACCUUGAUAUCAGACCAACUUUUUCUUCUGAUGUUGCUGGUCGAUUUGUCACCAAUCAUAAAAUCGAGACCAGACCAAAUUUUCCCAUGAAUGUUGCUGAUCAAUUUGUUACUAGCGCCUCCGGUGAGACUGAUUUUUCUGCUGAUAAUAGAUUUCUUGGUGGUCACUAUGCAGAAUCUUGGUCAAGAGGUUCUACGCCGAUUCCACAUUUUGAUCCCUACUUAGAUAUGAGCCAACCGUCAUCCAGAUAUACCAAUUCCACCACCUAUCAGAACUACCCUCCUUUUUCAGACCCGACACCCUGGACAACAUCUGAUGAAGUAUUAACAAGACCCUUUCCACGAAGGCCUGCUGGGGUACCCGCAGUUCAUUUGUCAUCGUAUGAUGAUCCUGGCAGACCUAAUAUGUACAGAUAAUAGGAGUCAUUAGUUAGUUGAUUACGGUGAACCUUAGUAGUGAGUAGUGGUUUGGUAGAUAGGUUUGAACUCAAGGACCUGGAUAUUUUCCUUUGUUCUACCCUUUAUUUUAUUUUUUUUCCUUUUCACCUUUUCCCUCUCCCUUGAAUUUUCUGUAUUUAUCGAAGGAGAUUGAGGUUGUAAACACAUCCACCACCAUAGUUAGUGCUCCUAUCUUUUGUUGGCUUUUGCUUCA